AUGUCGAGCCAGCAGAUCAUAUCGAGAAUGUUAAGGCCAAGAUUCAGGCCAGGGAAGGCAUUCCACCAGAUCAGUAGCGUCUCAUCUUUGCCAGCAAACAGCUUGAAGAUGGCAACACACUUCAAGACUAUUGCAUCCAGAGGGAGUCAACGCUCCAUCUCCUUCUCCGUCGUCGUGGUGGUUUCUAAGUUCAAUUUUCGAACAUGUAAAUAA